UACACUAUUACACCAACACAGAUUCAAAACUUCCUCUGUUCUCUUAAUUCCUCUAAUCCCUUCAAUUUUGUGUCAAAAAUGGCGCGUACUAAACAAACAGCAAGAAAAUCAACCGGAGGAAAGGCCCCAAGGAAGCAGCUGGCCACAAAGGCGGCAAGAAAGUCAGCACCGGCCACCGGAGGAGUGAAGAAGCCACACAGAUUCCGACCCGGAACUGUGGCGUUACGAGAAAUCAGAAAGUACCAGAAGAGCACUGAGCUUCUUAUUAGGAAGCUUCCCUUUCAAAGAUUGGUCCGAGAAAUCGCUCAAGAUUUCAAGACUGAUCUGAGGUUCCAAAGCGGGGCGGUGGCUGCUUUACAAGAGGCGGCCGAAGCGUAUUUGGUUGGGUUGUUUGAGGAUACCAAUCUCUGCGCUAUUCAUGCUAAGAGAGUCACUAUUAUGCCUAAGGAUAUGCAGUUGGCUCGUAGGAUUCGUGGUGAAAGGGCUUAGAUUUGUUGAUUUAGAAGUUGCAGUUUAUGUGUUUGUUAAAAUGCCUGUAUGAAAAAGCUUUGUAAUUUGGUACUUGAAAAAUCUUGCCCAGUUAACAAUUUUUACAUCCACAUGUUAA